AUGGCGAGAGUAUUGGCCCCUAAUCGCAACCAUAGCCGCCAGGCAGCGUCCAGAUCAAGAAUAAAGGGCAGGACGAGAAGCUCUCCUCGAUUUAAGGGCACUACUUUGGACACGCAUCCCUCUGCUUCUAUAGUGACGACGCCUCUUGUGGUUGGUUACAAGAUUUCAACUACAGGCCACUUCACAGCAAGACUUCGGCUACAAGAUGGGACUCCCAAGACCCUCAUGGGACUUUUAGAUGAGAGUGAAAGCGGAAUCGUGGUUUGGACAUUCAAACCCCGAGCCGAAGAUGAAGCCUGCGACUUCGCCUCCGAGAUAAUAAGUUCAUCCUACGCCGCCCCUAGAUCAAACAUGUCAAUCUACGGUUUAACAACCAGUUCAGCCGCCACAAACGCUUCCCUACCCGACAGGAGAGAUGAGAUAGACUGUAAUAUCCUCAGCGACCCAGGCGGCAAGUUGUUACGCACGAUGGGGUAUAUAGAUGCGAAAGGGCAGGUGAAGCGGGGGGCGUUCGUAAUUGCCAAGGACGGAACGCUAUGGAUGCGAAAAACGGGCGGGACGAUAUUUAAUGUUGCGGAUGAAUUGUGUAGGGUUUCGAAGGCGGUUGUGAAAGCAAAGACUGUGGUUGGGGCUGUGAAGGUGCCGUAUUAG